AUGGAGGAGGAGGAGGAGGAUGGAGGCGGCGGAGGGGAGGCGGGGAGUGAGGCUGCAGCAGGAGGGGGCGGGCGGGGGGGCCGGCCGGGGGGGGCGGCGGGCAUGUGGGACCGGCUGCGGGGCAGUCGGGCGGCGGGCGGUGGCCGGAACGGGGCCGCGAUGGCGCAACGCGACGAGAAGGUGCCGGCGGCGGCGGGAGAGAGCGAGCCCGGGGCCGGGGCCGGCACUGAGACUGAGACUGAGACUGAGGCUGAGACUGGGACUGGAACUGGGACUGGGACUGGGACUGGGACUGGGACUGGGACUGGGACUGGGACUGAGCGGGGGCCGAGCGGGGCCGCCGCGCCCUUCCAGCCCCGCGAAGGCGGCUUCGGCUGGGUGGUGGUCUUCGCCGCCGCCUGGUGCAAUGGCUCCAUCUUCGGCAUCAACAACUCCUUCGGGAUCCUCUACAUGAUGCUGCAGAGCGACCUGGGCGAGGGGGAGAAGGAUCCGGCGCUGGAGUUUAAAACAGCAUGGGUUGGUUCCUUGGCCAUGGGCAUGAUUUUUUUCUGCUCUCCCAUCGUCAGCAUCUUCACCGACCGGCUCGGCUGCAGGACCACGGCAGCCAUGGGAGCUGCCAUCGCCUUCAUCGGGCUCCUCUGCAGCUCCUUCACCAAGUCUCUGGAAGUUCGUUAUUUCACGUAUGGGAUCCUCUUUGGCUGUGGCAGCUCCUUUGCCUUCCAGCCCUCGCUGGUCAUCCUUGGUCACUACUUCAAGCGCCGCCUUGGCUUGGCCAAUGGCAUCGUGGCCGGCGGCAGCUGCCUCAUCUCCGUGCCGCUCCCCUUCUUCCUGAAGAUGGUCGGGAAGGCCAUUGGGCUGGCACAUACUUUCCAAGUACUCAGUGCCUUAAUGCUCAUCCAGAUCUUCUUGUCCAUGACCUACCGGCCCACCCUGCCGCCCUCCUGUGACUCUCAGCACGACGGGCAGGACAAGCUGGGCAGCCGGAGCGCGCGGCAGCAGUGCUGGGCCCAGACGCGCAGGUAUUUCAACUUGAGGGUUUUCCGGAGAAAGACCUAUCGGAUUUGGGCCUUUGGGAUCGCUACUGCUGUCCUGGGAUACCUCGUACCUUACAUGCACCUGGUAAAAUACGUGGAGAAGCGAUUUAAAGAGACCAAAAAGGACUGGAUCCUCCUGGUCUGCCUCGGAGGCAUGUCGGGGCUGGGGCGCUUGGUUUCAGGCCGUAUUGGUGACUGCAUCCCUGGGUUGAAGAAGAUUUACCUGCAGGUUGCAUCCUUCAUGCUGUUGGGCAUCCUGUGCAUGAUGAUCCCCCAGUGCCAAGGCUUUGAGGGCGUCAUUGUCAUCUGCCUCUUCCUCGGCCUCUGCGAUGGCUUCUUCACCACCAUCAUGGCCCCCAUCGCCUUCGAGCUGGUGGGGCCCAUGCAGGCGUCCCAGGCCAUAGGGUACCUCAUGGGGCUGAUGGCUGUGCCCAUGACCGCGGGUACACCCAUAGCAGGAUACCUCAAUGAUUAUUUUGGGAAUUACGACGCGGCCUUUUACUUCGCCGGAGUCCCCCCCAUCAUCGGCGCCUUGGUGCUCUCCGUGGUCCCGCUGGUCCAUCAGAGGAUGCUGAAGAAGCAGCGCCUGGACUCCGGCAAAGACAAGAUGCUGGUGUCGGAGGCCGUGGUGAACGGGGAGCUGCUGCCGGGCUGCCCGGCCUCCGAAGCGCACAUGUGACCCCGCUCCCCGCACACCCCACGGCCACCAGCAGCCUCUCCAUAGCCCCAGCACAGGCCCUUUUGCAGACAGACCGUAAUUCCCAGUGAUUGCAGAUGCACUAUGUUUGUAAAGGAGAAAACACAAAAAGUUCUUCUAGUUAAAGGCUCUUAACUAGCAGAAACGCUCUUUCUCGGGAUAGUUUUGAUUUCAAAGCCACCUUUUUUUUUCCUCUAACCAUUUUCUAAGGAGAACUCUCACCAGGAUUCAAACUUGAUCGAUCUCCCGCUCCUCUCCCCAGUUUUCUAUACAUCACAACAGAGGUUUACAGCUAAAAAUGCCUUUUUCAAGCAGGCCAUGGAUGGAGCUUGUUGGACCUGGCAGCUGUCCAUCCUCCUCCUCCUCCUCCUCUGGUGUUACUGGGGUGUCACAUCCAAGGGAGACAAUCCCCUCCCCAUCCAGCACCAGGGCCUGUUUGGAGCCAGAGAUCCGAAGGAGGAAGCACUGCUUUAGUCUGAUGCACAAACCAAAUAAAUGUCAGCAAGUCCUGCUUCCA